AACCCAGAUUGGACAGAUUGUGUCCACUGCAACUAGACAAAAGAGGCUGAUGUGACAUUCUGUGAAGGGUGUGUGAGCGCUCUGCGCAUGCGCGCUUAUCCUCUCCCUCCUGACCUCCUCCCGGUUUGUGCUGCGCCCCUGCCGCUAAUCAACCUCUCCCGCGAAACCCGCUCAAAAACAUCCACACAGAUCCUGGCAUACACUUGAGGCAUGGCAGCUCUCUUCGGGAAGAUCCAGAUCGGCAUUUAUGUGGAGAUCAAGCGCAGUGAUGGAAGAAUCCACCAGGCCAUGGUGACAUCACUGAACGAAGACAAUGAGUGCGUGACGGUGGAGUGGAUUGAAAACGGAGACACAAAAGGGAAAGAGAUCGAUCUAGAGAGCAUAUUUGCACUAAAUCCAGACGUUGCACCUGAAGAGGAAAUCCCACAAAGUCCUGAAACCCCUCCACCUCCUGUGUCCAGUGCCAUCAAAAUCAACAAGAUCCCCCAAAACAAGAAUCGUCGGACAGUAGCGCCACCGAAAAAUGAAGCGCCUGCAAGGGAUAAUCGAGUCACUGUAGGUACGACUCGAGCGCGGCCGAGCCAACAGACCGAACCGCCUCCAUCAGCGCCCGUCCCGCCUCCACCCAUCCAACACCAGACCCUACAGCAGCUGCAGAACGCUCGCAGGAAGUCCAACUGCGUGAAGGAAGUGGAGAAACUUCAAGAGAAGCGGGAGAAGAGACGAUUGCAGCAGCAGGAGCUGAGAGAGAAAAGAGCGCAGGAGGUCGAUGCCACAACCCCUAAUUAUGAAAUCAUGUGCAUGAUCCGAGACUUCAGAGCGAGUUUGGACUACAGACCGCUGACCACUGCAGAUCUGAUUGAGGACCACAGGAUAUGCGUGUGUGUGCGGACGCGGCCACUGAACAAGAAAGAGCUGACCAUGAAGGAUCUGGACGUCAUCACCAUCCCCAGUAAAGACGUGGUCAUGGUCCACGAGCCCAAGCAGAAAGUGGAUUUAACCAGAUACCUGGAGAACCAGACGUUCCGCUUCGAUUACGCUUUCGACGACAUCUCCACAAACGAAAUGGUGUACAGGUUCACUGCUCGGCCGCUGGUGGAGACCAUAUUUGAGAGGGGAAUGGCCACUUGCUUUGCUUACGGUCAGACGGGCAGCGGGAAAACUCAUACCAUGGGAGGAGAUUUUUCGGGGAAGAACCAGGAUUGCUCUAAAGGGAUCUACGCUCUCGCUGCACGGGAUGUUUUUCUCAUGUUAAAAAAACCAAACUACAAGAAGUUGGCUCUUCAGGUGUACGCGACGUUCUUUGAAAUCUACAGCGGGAAGGUGUUUGACCUUCUGAACAGGAAGGCGAAGCUGCGAGUUCUUGAAGACGGGAAGCAGCAGGUUCAGGUGGUCGGACUGCAGGAGCGAGACGUCAAAUGCACAGAGGACGUGCUCAAGCUCAUCGAGAUGGGCAACAGCUGCAGGACGUCUGGACAGACCUCGGCUAACGCUCACUCGUCCCGCAGUCACGCUGUGUUUCAGAUUAUCCUCCGCAGGAGGGGCAAAAUGCACGGUAAAUUCUCUCUCAUUGACCUGGCGGGGAACGAGCGAGGGGCAGACACGUCCAGCGCUGACCGACAGACGCGGCUCGAGGGCGCCGAGAUCAACAAAAGUCUCCUGGCGCUGAAGGAGUGCAUCAGGGCUUUGGGUCGAAACAAACCACACACUCCGUUUCGAGCCAGUAAACUCACGCAGGUCUUAAGAGAUUCCUUCAUCGGAGAAAACUCUAGAACAUGUAUGAUCGCUACAAUCUCUCCUGGAAUGGCAUCAUGUGAAAACACAUUAAACACUCUGAGAUACGCCAACAGAGUGAAGGAGUUUGGGAUCAGCCCUUCCGACAUUCCCUUCUCUCAGGGGGGAGGCGGGCGCUCCGAACUCUCUCCUACCUAUGAGUACGAUGACUUUGCUACCUCACCCAGCAGGUCUUGCCCUUCUCCAGUUUCAAGCCUGUCUCACUUCAGACAGAGCCUCCAUACGAGUCCUGUGUUUCCAAUUAUUCUUUUCCAUUACAGUUCAUAUGCCUCUUUACCAGCUGCACUAACAUGUCGGUUUGUGUUUGCUUGUGCCUCACAAGAGCAUACAGAGUCCGUCAUUAUCAUGCUGCAUGAACAUGUUUAUGAGUCCAUACGCUGGCUGGAGGAUGAGAAGGUUCUUCUGGAGAUGACAGAGGAAGUCGAUUAUGAUGUGGAAUCAUACGCCACUCAGCUUGAGCAAAUCCUGGAUCAGAAGAUUGAUGUGCUAACAGAGCUCAGAGAUAAAGUGAAGUCUUUCCGCUCGGCUCUUCAGGAAGAGGAACAGGCCAGUAAGCAGAUCAACCCCAAACGCCCGCGGGCCCUGUAGCGCCACCCAGCACCAGCAGAACAAUCCCAUCAGCCCUCAGCUCAUCAAUGUAUCUACAUGUGUAACUUGUACGUGAUGUGUCGGUUUCUUUCAUCUGACAAAAGCACAUUUUAAUUGUAUAGAUUUGAGUUCUUACUAAACUGAAUGAUGAGUUUAAGGCCAUGAGAGGAUGUACGGUGAGCUAAUGCAUGACCAAACCAGCUCUGCAUCAUCUGACUGGACCGCGUGUGUGAAGCCUGUAAAUAUGUCAUGGACUCAUUCAUGCUUUUCAGAUGUAUGUAUAUAUAUAUAUAUAUAUACACCCACUCAUCUACUUGCAUAACAGUUUGCCAGGUAAUGAAAAGCGAUUAUUGCCGUCCCAAUGGAAAAGAGCGAAUACAGUCUUAGAAAUAGUUACAAUUAGGGAUGCACUGAUAUAGAAAUUUUGACCAGUUAUUUUUAUGGCUACUAAAUAAGGAAGCAUGUUUUCAACACAGGAUGAAAAAAAUUGAUAAUUGCAAUGUUAUAUCUUUCAAUUCAGAUUUUUUCCAUUUCUAACAUGGGACUUUCUAUAUUUAGGCUAGUUUGUAUCCCGAAAUUGUUUAUAUCA